UAUAAAGAAACUGCAGGAAAUAAAAUAAUUACAUUUCAAUGGGUCUGUGUAAAUGCCCCAAGCGUGCUGUGACAAACCAAUUUUGCUUCGAGCAUCGUGUUAAUGUUUGCGAGCACUGCAUUCUGAGUCAUCCUAAGUGCAUUGUUCAAUCAUAUCUGCAAUGGCUCCGUGAUAGUGAUUACAUUUCCAAUUGCACCUUGUGUGGUACAACGUUGGAGCAGGGAGAUUGCGUCCGCCUCGUUUGCUAUCAUGUUUUUCACUGGGAUUGCUUGAAUGCUCGCCAAGCCGGAUUGCCUGCAAACACAGCACCACGAGGCCAUCAAUGCCCCUCUUGUAAUGUUGAAAUAUUUCCGGCCUCUAAUUUGGUGUCUCCUGUGGCAGAUGCGCUAAAGAAUUACCUAUCGCAAGUCAAUUGGGGACGGAAUGGCCUAGGACUUGCAUUGCUCACAGAAGAUCAAAGUAACAGUCUGAAAGCGGUCAAAACAAAAAUUGCCAACCAGGCAGCUAUUAGCAAUGUGACCAAAGUGCAUCACCAUUCCGCGGGCGAACGCAGCAAGCCCAACGGGGGACCUUAUGCCGGCAGCGGCGAUGGUGCCAGUCCACAUUCCGUGCUGCUUAUGGAUGCAUUUAAUCCACCUAGCUCUGGUGACUUGCAUGCCAGCAGCCGGCGUCCAUUGCUGCCACGUCAGUCACCCAUUGGUGGGCCCGAUCGCGAUGAAAACAAAUAUAAGCGUCGCACACCCGCGGAGCUGUUUUCGCGUUGGACUCGCCGCUUUUAUGCGCCUUCAUCACGCCCUCCCUGGCGUCGUACAUGGUUCUUGGUGACUAGUGGCAUCGUGGGAUUCAUUGUGCUCAUCUAUAUAAUGGCAGUUAUUGGACGCAGCGAUAGCAAUUCUCUAGAUGAUAGCUGGAACAAUCCGAACCCGAAUCCAAAUCCACAACACUACGAUUGAGGAACACAUAUUUAAUAUACAUAUAUUCGAAAGCAUAUUUAUAUAAAAUGAAAAAGGAGCGUAGUCCUUCACCAAGGACCUCUAUGCUCUCAUUAAAUUAAUAAAAAAUUUACAAUUA